CAAAAACAUCAGCCGACACCCACCUAAAAAUCCCAUCUGCCCUCUCUCUUGAUUAUACACCAGUCACCGGAGUGAAUCCGUUCGGCCGACAACGUGCACCGGCGACCUCUCCGUCGCACACACCCUUGAACCUUCUCACUCAUUCACCUAGCCACCUACACACUUGACCACCCUUCUGCGCAUCUCUGUCACUGGUGUGCUCACCGGAGCUGACCAAUCGGGUGUCACAGCGACAACAACAGUCAACACGGGCCCUGCUCCGAUGUCGGUGAUGACGACGGUAAUCAGGUGGCUCCGACCAAAAACUCCGGAAGAGGGGGUGCUGUCGGAGACGUGGUGGUGGUCCGAUGACGGUUGUAGUCGCCGGAGCCACGCCGGCGACAUUACGGCGGCGGUGGUGGUCCAGUGUUGGUUCGGGUUGUUGAGUUGCGAGUCUCGGCUCAAUUAUGUUGGCAGGGGUAUAAGGAAGCACAUGAUUCAAGUUCGGUUCGAUAAGAAGCAGGGUGGUGGCUCGGUUCGGUCUCGACCCAGGUCAAACCGGGUCAACUCAGUUCGGGUCCGGGUUAACACAGUCAAACUCGGUCAGCGAGAGUCAAACCACAAUCAUGAGUAAUUCGGUUCGGUUUUCGGUGUUCAGUCAAACCUAGGCAACAUCAGAUUCGACUCGGUCAACACCGGGUCAACUCAGUCAAUGCUGGUCCACUCGAGUCAACAGUCAACCUAGUCAGCCGGUCGAAACCAGUCAACACCCGACGUGGUAAAGUUUAAUCAUAGCAAGCUGGUUUACGUUAGUUUAGAUUUUAGUUGGUUUACGCGACCGAGCUCGACCCGAAUCGAUAUUAGUUUACUUUUGAUAUACUUUGGUGAAACUCUUGUAUAUAUUGUUACGUUGUUGAGUAAUUGAUUGAGUUUUGAAAAUAAAUCGACACU